CUACAGAGCAGAGUAUGAGGUAACGCAAUGCUCAGCCCAACAAGGUAAUGUUGUCGGUUAAUGUGGUGUUAGACGGGUGUAAUUGCGCCGAGAGGAGGUGAUACAUGCUUAGAGGGGUUAUAACGUUUUAAUGACGCAGUCGUAAUGCGCUCAGCUGGAUAGAAAGGUCGCUCCUCCACAGCUGAAGCUGCCAGUGUGAACGCCUCAGCCGAGCCCAGCUGCUGCCUGGAUCCCUUAUUACAAUCUACAGAAAGUGAAUCAGUGUGUCUCCUUCUAAAAUGAGCCGGGACGUUCCUAUCCACAGCUGGCCCGGCUCCUAUUACAUCAACAGUGAGAAGCGGUGGGAAAAUGGCACCCUGUCCCUCACCAGGACCAUGGUGCGCUUUGUCUCUAACCAGAGCAAGGAGAGUCUUACCAGUUUCCGCCUCUCAAAGAUCAUGGAGAUCAAGAUGGAGUCGUCCAGCUUCAUCUUCAGCACUCUCACAGUGCUCGAAGAAGGCAAUGUGAAACACUGGUUUGGCUCCCUUAAGCCCAACAGGGUGGUGGUUUAUAAUGUGUUGGAGCAUUUCUGGAGGGAGCGUCUUCUCUCGCCCAGCUCAGAGGCCCGGGGGGCAGAGUGUCAACCCUCAAAAGGCAGAGAGCUGAUCAACCUGGUGGCAGGAGCACAGAGGAGACUGGAGGACACUGGGAGAGUCCUCAGCCACCAAGGGGAGCAGUUUGACAAUAUGAUGCAGGGACUGGAGAAGAUUGACUCUGAUCUGGGCGUGGCUGAUAAACUUUUGUUAGAGCUGGAGUCUCCCUCCUGGUGGCCUUUUGGUAAACUCCCCUGGAAGACUCAGCAGGACGCCAAGGCUGAAGAUGCUGCAAGAGCUGCAGCUGCUGCAGCCUCUGCAGCCAACAGAGGGUCUGUCAGACAUAAGGUGGUCGCAAGCAUCCCAGCUGUAGUGAGCAAAGGUGGGAACUCGGACUUAAAACCCGGAUGCUUGCUGGUGCUGGUGUCCUCUCUGGAGGUGCGAGACACAAACUGCCAACUCCUCCAUCGCUUCGAGCGGAAUGAAAUUGACGAAAUCAGAGUGCACAGUCCGUAUGAGAUCACUGUUAGACAGCGGUUUAUCGGGAAGCCGGACAUAUGCUACAGGUUGCUGUCUGCCAAGAUGCCAGAGGCGAUGUCAGUGUUAGAGAUGCAGUACAAAAAGAAAGUGGAGUUCACUAGUGAAUACAGUGCUUUCAGAGCAACUCCACUUUCAUCUCCGUGCGACACAGAGGGGCCAAACUGGAAUGAAGGUUUGCUGCAGAGGUGCCAAGACACAGAGCUCCCGCUGGCGGUCCCAGCAGGGGAGCUGUCCCAGUUGCAGGUGCACGUCCUCCAGCCGUCUGUCAGUCAGGCUGAGGCCCAGGAACUCAAACAGAUGCUGAUGCAGCUGAAGAACCUUGCCCUGGAGGCAGAGACGGAGCUGGAACGGCAGGAAGAUGUCCUGGACGACCUGACCAGCUCCACUGACCGAGCCACCAUGCACAUAGAGAAGCACACCUGCCGCAUGAAAAGACUGUUGUAGCUCUGAGAGUCCAGCGGACACAUGCGGCCACCAUGUCCCUCCUGGGAAGAGCACUGUAAGCUUCCUCAUUGUCCUCACGGGAUUAGUAUAAUGUGAGAACAGCAGAAUGCAACCGCAGGGACUUGCGUAUACUCGAAAUAGUUGGUAGGAUUUUUGUUGCUUAAAAAGCACAUAAUCGCUCGGGUUCAAGUGUCAGUGGUUUGUGGGAAGUGCAGCAGUGUUCGUUUAGUACUCAACACGUUCACCAAAAUCCCUGAAAUCUGACAUAAUGACUUUAAAUAAGGACAUAUCCAAGUAUGUCUCAACAAUGGUUCUGUCUUUAAGAGAAAUUAAGUGUAGGUGAAUACAUUUCUGUGAGUAAACCCUUUUAUGCCAAUAUACAUUAGUCUUUUUUUAUUCCAUGAUUUUAUUUGAAAUAAUUUAAACGCAUAACGGGAUAAAUAAGCCAUCUUUAUGAAGGGUAGAGUCUGUGCUCGGGACUCGAAACUCACCGGCUAUUGGGCUGAUGACAAAAGAGUCUCUGGGGGCAAUGGCUGAUAUUUCUGUGGUCCUGGUGUAGCCAGUGGAUUUCCAGGCCAAGACUUUCUCUUUCGUGUGCCGAUCAUUAUUUACAGUUUGAUUAGCAACUUGAGAUAGGUCCAAAUGACAUAUGAAUGCAGAUUAAAAGUUUUAAAAAGCCAAUAAAAAACUGUCAAAUCGCCGUCAGAUGAUAGCCAGUGGGUUCCAAGAUUGCAGCGUUCUGCCUAAAACCUGCUUAAACAUGACUACAAAGGGAAACCAGAAUACCAAAAUAUUGUCCUGUUGCCUACGAAGUCUGCACACAUAUGCAGAUAUCUGUUUAUAGAGAUUAGUGCGCUGCCUCUGAAUGUGUGUCACUAAGCAGCUGUGCCUAGCAUUGACUGACGGCUGCACAACUGUCAUUUUGAAAACACAUUUUUGUCUUUUUUUUUUUUUUUUUUUUUUAAACUGUUUGGAUUUUCCUGAUAACUCGAUCACCACUUGGUUCAGAUUCUGUGGAAACAAAGGUGCGCUCUCAAAAUUGACCAAUAGGUAUAAAACCAAAAUGGGCACCUGAGUCCCCAUCCAGCACCAGGCGCAGUGCCUGGUAGUGGGACUUAUGGCUUGAGCCUAUUGAACCCUAUUUUCAAUGUCAUGGUGGGAAGCCAGUGAGGGAUCAAAUCCUGCUCAGUCAAUAUAUUCUCACUCCCAACUCGUCAAAUAUAGACGCUUGGUCAGUGUCCCUAUAUAUCUAACUAUGAGGCUCUAGGUACCCCUGUCAUGUCAGUUUUGGAUGUUAAAGGACAGCGUGUCAGUUUGCACUUGUUAUCUUCAUACUGUUGUGUGUAAUGUUGCCGACUCUUUCCAAAGAGAACUUUAAAGGAGCUAUAUGUAAGAAAUCUAAAGCAAAUAGUCGUAAAAUCCUCCUAAUAUGUCACAGAGACUAAGGAAUAAUGUUCAUAUAACAUACUGAUCUCACCGACAACAAUAGUACAGCCAGAAUAUUCGCAUUUAAAAGAAAAUUUUACAGUCCGCAAAUCAUGUUUAUGUUUUGAAUUUGUGUUUUGGCCUGUUACACCACCCACCGCCAUCUACCAGUCACGCAGUCAGUAGAGUCUCAGCAUCAGUUACAGUUACGACUGAGCUUCAGCAGCACGGCAAGCAGCAUUAGCAGUGUCCCAGUACAUAGCAUUAGCAGCCGGCUCUUCCUCAGCUGUAUCCCAGCAGCAGCGUUAGCAGCAGAGAAGCCGGACUUGCUUGAGCAGUCCGCUGGAAAACUGAAGAUCAAGGACGUGGCGACGCGGCCCUGCCACGGCAGCUGCCCGUGGGCAAACAAAUCAGUCUCCAGCGUGCCGCUGUCCAGCAACCUCGAAUCUGUAGGGGAGGGGGGGGCGGACACAACUCGCGCAGUAACCGUUUUGGCCACAUUCUUACAUACAGCGCCUUUAACUAACAGAGGUUUACUUUGUUUUUAGAGUCAUGCAACAAAAGUACUUGGUUAGGGUUAGAAAGACGCUCCUGGUUUGGGUUAAAAUGAAUAUGUUUGUUACUAAGGUAACGUGGUGUGUAUAAGCUGUUUUAGUAGUAUUUCAAUUACCUUUCAGCUGUAAAAUUAUUAUUAUCAUUACUAUUUUUUUCUUUUCUGACAAUUUCUGACUAUUUUGUGUUUAAUCUAUUGGUUUUGGUUGUUUGUUUAUUGUUUUUUUUUAUUAUUGUUUUGUAGUUUUGUUUCUUUUGGUCUUGGAUUUUUAAAUUAUUAUUUAGUUUUACUCUCUGAUGUAAUGUUUGCUUGUGUGGACCCCAGGAAGAGUAGGUGCUACCUUGGUAGUGACUAAUGGGAAUCCAAAUAAAUAAUUAAAUGCUUAUGCCGUGACAUACAUAACAUAUGUCACAUGACAUACUUUGGGUUAUGUAGUUAAAAUAACUCACCGUUGACUUUUGGUUUUACAUGGGACAGGAACAGCAGUCUCCAGGGUGAAAGUCCUGUUUGUCCAAUCCCCCACUGUUCCUUCCUGCCCUACACAGACUGCCUCGCUCUACAUAGUCAGUUGCUCAGAAUGUGAUACAGAUGCUAAAGGGUGCCUUGUGCAUUGGUAUCAGACACCGAGCCUAUUAACGAGUUGGGAGUGAGAACAGCCUGUGUCGCUGCACUCUUGACUGACUGAUUGGUGACACCUGAGAGGAAUUUAGGGAAAUAGCAUGAAUCCUCAUUGUAUGUCAAGGGAAGCUGGCAGAUGAAAAAUAAGAUGCUGAUUUAGUUUACACUGUCCCUAGGGCUUGUGGGAGACAGCAAUGGCAAUGACUACAGUGAAGGGCAAAAUGGACAUUUGAAAAGCAGAAAAAAAUUGGCUAUUUAUUCGCUCUGCACAAACUAAUUUUAAACAAGCUGCAUGUUGCUUUCAUUGCAAAUAUUACCGAAAUAACUGAAUUAUAAGAGAUAAAAUAACCUUGACUUGAGCUUGUUAAUGUAAGUUGGGUGAACAAAUUUCCCAGUUUGCAAGUAAUAGACUGACAGCUGAAUUUUCCAGUGUCACCACAGUACUAUCUGUGUCUCUGAUGAUGUACUGCCAUUCUACCUUUUUCUUAAAUCCAUUUCUGUCCUGAUGACUUGUCUUUCUCAGGUUCUACUCAUCACUUAUCCUCUCUGGUCACAGUUUCCCCGUGGCUUAAUGUUGCAUGUCUCAAUAUUGCUGCUUUGUAUUGCACCAAGUAAAAAUGUCUUCACCAAUAUACAGCAGAAGACUGUAAAUGUGCAACUAAGUUCUGGGAAUUGAAAACAGAAAAGAAAACACUCCCUGUGUUUUUAAAUAUUAUACACAAAAUGUCCCAUGUUAUCCUCCACAUCUACUGUAUAUGUCUAGCUAAGGUUUGCUACUGUUCUGAAUCUGUAUCAUCUGUAAAUGACAGGCACAUGUAUUGUAAUUCUGUGAUUUUAUUGUGGUUUCACUGUCAACUUGUAAUUAACUGGAAGUUAAACUUGAAAUGACUGUACUAUGUUUUUGAAAUAAUAAUUUCAGUGCUGUAAAGAGGCUUCUUUUUGCUGAUGAUGCUAAAUUAAUCCUGAAAUUGAAAACAACUCACCGAUUAGCUCUAAAUAUAAGGCUGAAAAUACACCUGCAUCUUUUUCAUAGCAAACAAAUGAUUACACAAGACACAUCUUGCAUUGUAGGCAAAUUAUUGGAAUUAAUUUCUUCUUAUCAAUUCAGCUAAGAAGUCAACACCACUGAAAGUCUGUAACAGCAUGUCAUUUGCAAUAAAAGGACUCAUUAUCAUA